AUGUCGAUCCAGCCGCUGCCCGCGGACGUUGCCGCACAGAUCAAGUCCUCGUCGGCUAUUAUCUCCCUGAAUGGUGCCGUGCUUGGCCUGCUGCAGAAUUCGCUUGAUGCAGGUGCAUCGAAGAUCAACAUCUCGGUUGACUACAGUCGCGGGAACUGCUCUUCGGAAGACAACGGUCUUGGGAUCCCGCCGGCUUGUUUUCGGGAUGACGGGGGACUUGGUAAACUUCACUAUACGUCGAAAUACCCCCCACGGCCCGACUCUCAUGGGAAGCGCGGGGAGUUCCUUGCCGCCCUGGCCUCGCUCUCUCUGCUCUCCAUCAGUUCUCACCAUCGGGAUUACCGGACGCACAAUUCGCUAGCUAUCCACAACUCCCGCGUGAUCUCCCGCCAUCUGCCAGCCCCGCAAGAGGAGCGAGUGCUCGCAUUUGCGAGCGGCACCCGUGUCACCGUCCGCGAUCUUUUUGGUUCCAUGCCCGUCCGUGUCAAGCAACGGGCAGUGGAAGUGGAGCGAGCCGGCACCUUUAAGGAAUUUGACCAGCUCGUCUCUAGCAUUGUUGCGUUCCUCCUUUGCUGGCCAGGGAAGGUGGCCGUUUUGGUUCAGGAUGUGUAUGCGCGAAGGACUGUGACUUUAACGACGGCGAGCGUGUUAGAAUGGGGUCGAGGUUAUCGCACGGCCCCGAGUAUCGUCAGCCGCACUACGGAGCUCCUUGAACAGGCUUCGUUAGCGGACGGACGCUCCGAAUCGUGGGUCCCGAUCGGGGCUACGGCUUCUGGAGUUUCCGUGAGAGGGUGUGCCUCAUUGCAGCCCGUUGCUAGCAAGCGGGUACAGUUCAUUGCCCUCGGUGUUCAACCUUUGAUGAACGAGCUUCAGUCAAACCUAUUCUACGACGACAUCAACCGCGUUUUUGAAGAAUCGAGUUUUGGCAUAGUUGAAGAGGCAGCCGUCGACGAGCAUGGGUGCUUAGUUAAAACUGACGGGUUUACCGGCAAGGAACUCAAGCCCAAGAAGGGCGUCGACAGGUGGCCCAUGUUCUUCCUUCAGAUCAUUUUGGAUGUGGAGCGAGCCGUCGACGUGGACGAUGUUUUGGAUGGUAAACGUUUCAGUGUGGCCCUGAUCACGGACCUCCUUCAGGUUAUGGUCUACGAAUUUCUCAAGAAGCACCAUUUCCGACCACGGUCCAUCGCUGCAGUCGAGCGAUUAAAACGGCCAAAGAGGGCAGCGUCUCCGGUGAUGGUUCCCCCAUCUACGACCCGGAAACGGGUUCAAGCCUCGGUUCAAGCCUCAACUGUCAAACAAAUACGAUCGGGGACCGGUUUCCGGCGGAACUCUACGAUUCAACGUUCGAGGGAUCGCCUUUCGGAAAGGUCCGCCUCUCCUUUCUCGGCAUGGCCACAAACGAAGUCCGGUGCCCCAAAGACCGCCAAAUCGAGUGUUCCCAGUGCCUUACCAUCGCCUGCCGGUAAACAGCCGAGCCUUCCAACCGUAUCGCGGUCCGAGCUAUUGGCGAACCCGUUGUUUGAUGGCUCUGGCAAACUCGUGCGGAAGCCCUUCGAGGAUUCAGACGUCUCAUCUAUUGUCACUGGAAAGGUCCGGAAACCCCCAGAAAUAGAGAUUCUACCUGGUUCCGAAACGAGAAGCGAAAGGGAGACCAUCGUGUGGACGGACCCAACCACCAAGCUCAAAUCUCUCAUCGACCCGCGCACCGGAUUUGCUAUCCGCGCGAGCCCCAGUACAAAUAGAAGGGCCAGUCCCGCAGUAGUAAGCCGAAAGCCCAGGAGAGAUCUACUACGACUACCAAGACCUACAAUACCGCAGACUACGGUUUUCCAACCCGUGGAGCCACCUAUUCCCCGAACAUCCUGGGAACUUUGCUGCGAGCAAGUCGGACCGGCCCACAAUUUUGAGGCGUUGGCUGCAGAAACAUCAAACGGUCCUAUGCUGUCCACCCUCGAGGGACGAAUCUCCAAGACUGCUCUACAUGACGCAGAGGUAGUAGCCCAGGUGGAUCAAAAAUUCAUCCUGAUCAAAGUGUACACCAACCAAACCUCGGGCCCAACCCCCGGACGCACCAACCAAGAGCCCUUGCUUGUCCUCGUUGACCAACACGCCGCAGACGAGCGAUGCAAAGUUGAAGCCCUCCUCCAGUCCUACUUCAUCCCAUCUCUCUCGGACGACACUCACCUAGUGGCACAAACCCAAAUCCUGGACAAACCCCUUCGAUUCCAACUCUCCGAACAAGACGGACGUCUUAUCGUCCAGUCCAAAACCUAUUUCGCUCACUGGGGCAUAUCCUACGACAUCCUCCCCGAACCCUCCACCAACCGGGGUGCGACAGCCGAAGUUCGCAGCCUCCCAGUGAGUAUUGCAGAGCGGUGCCGGCUCGAGCCACGGUUGUUGAUUGACCUGCUGCGGAAAGAGAUCUGGAGGCCAUCACAGGGCGCGAGGCGGAAUACGGCGCCGCGGCCGGUACGGACGGUGGCGGGGAGAGAUGGGGAGUGGGUAAAGAGGUUUCAUGAUUGUCCCAAGGGGAUUUUGGAGAUGAUUCACUCCAGGGCGUGCAGGAGCGCAAUCAUGUUCAAUGAUCCCUUGACGCGGGAGCAGUGUGUGGAGCUUGUACGGGGGCUGGCGGGUUGUGCGUUUCCGUUUCAGUGUGCUCAUGGUCGGCCGUCGAUGUGGCGGUCCUUCGACUUCUUCAACGCAACCCAAAUCAAGCUCCCCGACGACGAUAACAUCAACGCCUCCACCACCACCGACCAACAAGCACAACCCCAACCCCACAACACCAACAACCCCAGCCCACCAUCAUCAUCGCCAUCGUCCUCCUCCCUCAGCACCCGCACUUUCUUCGAAAGCAACGACAUCUCCGCCGUUUGCUCCGGGUCAGAGUCCCUCUUUCUCGGGACCUAUGAUGGGGUGGUGAGGAUUGUGGGGUCCAGUUGGAAAGUGGUUAGGUCGUUUCGGGCUUAUGAGGGAGGUGGUACGACAGUGGUUUCGACGGGGGCGGGGGGUACGGCGGGGGCGAGGGCUCCGAGUAUUACGUUUAUGAGACAGGUGGAGGGGACGAGUUAUUUGGUUACUGUUGCGGAAGCCGGGGGUGAAAGCCAGCCGGUGUUGAAGGUGUGGGCGUUGGAUAAGCCGGUGAGGAAGACGGGGAUUCCGACAUGUUUGAGCUCGGUGGUGAUUAAUAAUGGGAAGAAGCCGUUUCCGAUCUCGGCAUUCGCCGCGACCGAGGACCUGACGCAGGUUGCCGUGGGAUUUGCAAACGGCGCGGUCAUCGUCAUCCGCGGCGACCUGAUCAACGACCUCGGCUCGAAGCAGCGCAUCAUCCACGAGUCGGACGAGCCCAUCACCGGCGUGGAACUGCACGUCGACGCUGGGCUGACUACGCUGUUUGUCGCGACCACCUCGCGGAUCCUGAAGCUGGUGGUCGUCGGGCGCGGACACGGCCAGCCGCCCAAGACGGUCGAGGAUACGGGCUGUGGCGUCGGGUGCAUGGCUGUCGAUAAGAAGACGGGGGAUAUCGUGGUGGGGCGGGACGAUGCGGUGUAUCAUUAUACCCUGGAUGGGAGGGGCCCGCCGACGGCCUAUGAAGCGCCGAAGAAGCUGAUUUCGGUGUAUCAGGACUAUGUGGCGCUUGUGUCGCCGCCGACGCCGAGUGGGGAUGCGGAUACGAUACGGCGGCGUUUUUGGGGGGCGACGGCUGACAGUAUCUAUACGUUCACGCUGAUUCACCCGGGACUGAGGAUUAUUGCGCACAACGAGACGGUGUUGUCGGAUGUGAAGCAUAUUUUUCAGCUGUGGGGGGAUUUGUACAUGCUCACGCAAGACGGCAAGGUUUUCCGAUACCACGAGAAACCGCUAAGCCAGCGGCUGGAAAUGAUGUAUCAGCGGAACCUGUACACGCUCGCGGUGGAGCUGGCGCAAAAGUCCGGGUUGAGUGCGCAGCAGCAGAACAUUAUCUACCGCAAAUACGGCGACCACCUGUACCAAAAGGGCGACUACGACGGAGCCAUGACGCAGUACAUCAAGGCCAUCGACAGCACCGAGCCGUCGCAGGUGAUUCGCAAGUUCCUCGAUACCCAGAGGAUACACAACCUCAUUGAGUACCUGGAGGAACUUCACGACCACCACAAGGCCACGUCUGAUCACACCACGCUGCUACUGAACUGCUACGCCAAGCUGAAGGAUAUUGACAAGCUGGAGAAGUUCAUCAAGUCGCCGGGGGAUCUCAAGUUUGACUUGGACACGGCCAUCACGAUGUGCCGACAGGGCGGGUACUUCGAGCAGGCAGCGUAUCUAGCGACGAAGCAUGGGGAACACGACCUUGUGGUGGAUAUCCUGAUUGAGGACUCUAAGGCGUAUGCUGAAGCGCUGGAUUACAUUUGGCACCUGGAUCCUGAGACGGCCUACUCGUGUCUCCAAAAGUACGCCCGCGUGCUGAUCGAGAACUGCGCGGAAGAUGCGACGCAGCUAUUUAUCGACUACUACACGGGCCGCUUCGUGCCCAAAGUCGAGGUGCCAGUAGCCCCCGACGCGCAACCAGCGGCCAAUGGCGGGUUCGUCGUGGGAGCCGCCAAUGCCGUGCAGAAUCUCACCCAUUUAAUACCGUUACCGUACCGAAACGCGAAUGCUGCUCCGGCAUUGCCUGCCCGGCCCACAGCAGGUGACCUCGCGGCAAGACUGGAGAUACCACCGCCCGAAUACACCCCGCCCAAACCCCGGACAGCCUUCUCCUCGUUCAUCGACCACCCAGACGAGUUCAUCGUCUUCCUCGAAGCCUGUCUCCAGGCAGACAGUCUCUCCGAAACCGACCGGACGGACCUCUCGACUACGCUCUUCGAGAUGUACCUCCACAAAUCCAACGAAAAGAAGGGCGACGAUCAACACCGCGAAACAUGGGAACAGCGCGCCAAGACACUCAUCAACAACAAGCCCGAGUUGAAUCUCAAGGGCCCCCCGCCGCCCAUCGAGAACUCCAACGUCCUCCUGCUCUCCCAUCUCUCCAACUUCCGCGACGGCACAACCUUAGUCAAGGAACAGUCCGGCCUGCUAUUUGACAUUUUCCGCUCCUACACCUCAGCCAAAGACACGCGGGGCGCCAUCCGCGCAUUGCGCAAGUAUGGGCCUGAGGAACCGCAGCUGUAUCCCGCGGCGCUGUCCUAUCUCACCUCGGACGCGAAGAUCCUCGAAGAGGCCGGGGCGGACGAGGUGGCGGCUAUUUUGGACCUGAUCGAUGCAGAUGGGCUGUUGGCCCCGUUGCAGGUUGUCCAAACACUAUCACGACUACCACCCAACGCCAAUGGGACUACCAACGGAACAAACGGCACGAACAGCAACACCGGAACCACAGAAGGAAGUACCACCGGCGGCGUAGCAACAAUGGGUCUCCUCAAACCCUACCUCGCCCGCCGCAUCGAGCGCGAACGCAAAGAAAUCGCCGAAAACAAACGCGUAGCCGCCCAAUUCCGCGAAGGCACAGCCGCCCACCGUCGCGAGAUUUCCGAGCUCGGCACUCGCCCAGCUGUCUUCCAAGCCACCCGCUGCGCGCAGUGCAUGGGGGGGUUGGAAUUACCCGUGGUGCACUUCUUGUGUAAACACUCUUUUCAUCAGCGGUGUUUACGGGGGGGUGGGGCUAGUACCAUCCCAGAUAGCACUGGGAUAGGAGGAGCAGGAGGAGGGGGGACGGUAGAAGUGGAAGGGGAAGAAUGUCCGGUGUGUGCAAGGGAGAAUGCGACGAUCAGGACGCUGAAGAGGAGUCAGGAGGAGAAUGCGGAACGGCAUGAGUUGUUUGUGGAUGUUUUGGAGAGGAGUGAGGAUCGGUUUAAGACAGUGUCGGAGUGGUUUGGACGGGGGGUGAUGAGUGCUGGGGGGGUGGAUAAUAUAUAA